GGAAAGCGCAGUAUCUUCUGAGAUUGGUUUCUGUGGUUCGGUGUAAUGAAGGAAAUGAACAUUUCUUUUGUUGCAGAUUGCGGUUUCUUCUGAAAAACAAAAAUGGAUCAGUCAGAUGAGAAACUGGACGUGAUCAUAUUCGGUGCAAGCGGUUUCACCGGCAAGUACACGAUCUACGAGGGCAUAAAACUGCUGGAUGGCCUGAAGUGGGGCAUCGCUGGCCGCAGUCGUGAAAAACUACAACAGGUGCUGGGCGAGGUGGAGAAGAAAGCGGAUCGAGAUCUCUCAGCGAUACCGAUCAUUUUGUCGGAUCUGAAGGACGAGACAUCGCUGCGUAAGAUGGCCGAACGAUGCAAGGUGCUGAUCAAUUGCUGCGGACCGUACCGCUUCUACGGGGAGCCGGUUAUCAAGGCUUGCAUUGCCGCCGGCACACAUCAUGUGGACGUUAGUGGUGAGCCACAAUACAUGGAACGAAUGCAGCUGGAGUACCACCAGGCGGCACAGGAACGUGGCGUGUACAUCGUUUCUGCCUGCGGUUUCGACUCGAUUCCGGCGGAUCUCGGGACAGUGUACACGGAACGGGAGUUUGACGGGGUAGUCAACUCUAUCGAGACUUACCUGGAGAUUAAGUCGUCAAUUCCGCACGAUGGUGGAGCCGUUCUGCACUUUGGAACGUGGGAAUCGGCCGUAUAUGGGCUGGCACAUGCUGACGAGUUGCGCACGUUGCGGACGGCACUGUUUAAAACGAGGCUGCCACACUUUCAACCGCGGCUAAAGAACCGUCCGCUAGUGCACAAGACCAAGCAUGUGAACAAUUGGUGGGCAAUGCCAUUUCCAGGUUCCGACCGGUCCGUCGUAAUGCGAUCGCAACGGCAUUUUUAUGACAACGAGAAAAAGCGACCGAUUCAAAUGAAGGCAUAUGUUGCGUUUGAAUCGUUUGUCCACGUGAUUGGUGUGGCUUUCGUUGCGAUCAUGUUUGCCAUUCUGUGUCGCUUCAACUUUGGUCGAAAGUUGCUGUUAAAGUUCCCCAAACUGUUUUCCUUUGGAUCCGUGUCCCACGAAGGCCCAUCGGAACGUUCGAUGGAAAACACACAGUUUGCUAUAUAUUUCAAUGGCCAGGGCUGGGAUAAGGCAGAGAAGCUACUGGAACCGUCCGAUCAGUACAAGAGUCCACCGAAGAAACGUAUACUCACGAAGGUCUCCGGCACCAAUCCCGGUUAUGGCGCUACCUGCGUUGCUCUCAUUCUGUCCGCAACAACUAUUCUUCGCGAGCAUAAGAAAAUGCCUGGAAACGGCGGAGUCUAUCCUCCCGGUGCGGCAUAUGCAAAAACGAGUAUGAUUGAAAAGUUGUGUGAAAAUGGCUUCAAAUUUGAGGUGCUUAGCAAGGCGGAAUAGCGCCACGGAAACAGCGUUAAGGACCAUUAACAACACAUUAUGUACUUUGGUUUGGUAUUGGGAUAGCUGGUUGGUAUCAUAGAGAAACGCGGCAAACAAUUAAAAUUGUGAUUCAUUCUUACAAGCAUGUCCGUUUUCGGCAAAUAAACUUUUUUACCGUGUAACCCAAAAUUUCUGCAUUUUGAUGUCGCGUGCGUCGUUAUUGUAGCAGUUUUUUUUAUGUAA